UGUAGAGGAACUGGUUAUUUAUAUCUCAAAAUAGAAGACUUUGUCAAUGAUUAUAUCAAUAUAGAGUUAAUUCUCAAAUUCAAUAGAAAUCUAGUAUUGCUGUUCUCAAUUCCUUGCAGAAUCUAUUGAAUAUUGAGAUAUUAAAACUAGAUUUAAUAUAUCUCACUGUGCAGGGAUCAAAGGCUCAGUCAGAUCUUGAGAUAUACUGAUUUUAUAGUUGUUGAUGUGCUGUUGACUCAUUGUUCACUGAUUAUGUAUUGAAUGCUGUUGUCAAGGUAUCUUUUUGUAUUUUUCUGCCGGGGAUGGGCCAGAUUGAGAAGGGCGGUACGAGGGUGAGACUUGGCGUUGGUGUUUUGGAACAUCAAAGAUGGACAGGGUUUUCGCGGAGGUCGCUCCUCGGAUAUCUCCACAACUACAGGUCAGGGAUCUUCCAAAAUCGAGAAGAUUGGUGCAUAUGGCUAGGUCACUUCACCUUACAAUUUGUAUGGCACUCUGGCCCGGGGUUGUGGUGUGGUAGGGGAGAACGGGGGAUAAUCCCACACAGGAGUUUCGAACAAUGUCCGGUUCACGUUUGGCUGGAUAACUCCACCACCACACGGGGUAUGCGGUCGGCGAUGGGGUCAAAAUGCUCGUAUGAUCGAGGGCUUUUCGAUGGAUCUAUCGGCGGGUUCUUAUUCGAACAAUCGAGCGAGUUCGUGGUGAAGCGGUUGUUGUCUCUGAACUUAUAA